AUGGGUAAUACAAGCAGUACUACAGUCGAAGAAAACCCGAAGACUACAGUAGAAAAAAAUCCAAAGACUGCAGUAAAAACAAAACGAAGAACUACAGUCAAACCAGCACAUGAAAAAAUACCUGUUCGAGGUUCUGUUUAUCGUGGUUAUCAGCCUUCUAUAGAAUUCAUGAAAGGAAGAUCUAUGGGAAAAAACUCCGUAAUAAACGAUGAGAGAGACAAUGAUUCACCAACACCAUCAGAAAGUAACCUACGUGAAACACAUGCAUCCUCCUCUAACAAAAAUUCUUUUCCAUAUGACGAUCGCACUAAGCAAGCAACAUCAACUAAAGAACAAUCAUCUUCUGUUUUUGUUAAAAAUACUUCAAAUGAAAAACCUCUCUCUCCUUCUUUUAUACAAACAAAAGUAUCUUCACAAGCAGAUCAAGUGUAUGUGCCACAACCAAGUAUUUUCAAUAAUGUUUCAUAUUCUAAUACCGCUGCUGCCAAUAGUUUUGAAAAAGCUCCAACUGUUAAAAUAAAUUAUGUUGUAAAACCGUCUGAAAAAAAUUCGAAACAUAUUUAUGAAUUAGGUAAUAUAACUGUAAUGCGUCGAACAUCAUCACAAGCCACACCAUAUGGCGGUAGAUGGUACGACAAUGAUUAUAAUAAAAAUAUCAAACCACCUAUCGUCAAAUAUUCUUAA